UAUAUACACCAACAAUUCACCACUGAGAUUAAAUAGAAACCAAAUACAGCUUCCUCUUGACUUUCUCUUUAAAACAUUUUCAAGAAGAAGAAAAACUUGUGAAAGAUCUAGAGGUCAUGGUUAGAACAGAAUUAGGAAGGAGGAGAUUUUUAUCUGGAGCUGAGAUGGCUCCGGCGCAGAUGACUUCUCGUCGGAGAUGUCCGAUGUCUCCGACAUUAGAGACCAUUUUGGAAGAAAGGUCUGAUGAUUUUAAUCAUCAAGAUUAUUAUCAUUCAAAAGUUGCCGUGGGACAACGACACCGUCUUCUUCUUCUCCUGCCGGCGAUUAUAUCGGCCGUUUCUUGUGUUUUGAUGUAUAGAAACGAUCGUGUUGUUCGAUUUUCUUGAACAUUUUUACAUACUUACAUAUGUAUAAAGUAUUUCAAUGUACUUUAUGUAUACGCAGAAGAGUUUAUUUUUUUGGUGUUAUAUCAAUCUUUUAUAUAUGUCUCCGUUUCAAUUCAUAAUGUUACUUUGUUCAUUUGAUUCUGAAAUAUGAAUUUAUAA